GUGAAAAUUAGCAUGUGACCAAUGGGGUUUGAUAUGCAAAUAUGAGGCGCUCGAACUCCAACUUCCACGGUGAACUGCGGGAAAUAUGAGAAAAAGAGCAGACACACAAGGUCGCGAACUUAACUGGGACGUAAGGAGAGACCAUCUGUGGAUAUCCUGUCUUCAACGUGGAUAUUUUCUAAUGUGCAAUAUGACUUUUGAGGAAACCAGCGGAGAAAACUCUACAGAAAGGAUGGAUUCGGUGGCUAAAGCACUGGAGGAGGUCCUCAGCUCCGCGUUACCUCAGGGUUGCGUCACUGUCGGGGUAUACGAGGCAGCCAAGUCACUCAAUGUUGACCCGGAUAAUGUGGUGUUGUGCCUCCUGGCUACGGACGAGGAACAGGUAGAAGACGUGGCCCUCCAGAUCCACUUUACCCUUAUCCAGGCAUUCUGCUGCGAGAACGACAUCAACAUCCUGCGGGUCAGCAACAUGAGGCGCCUCGCUGAGAUCCUUGGAGGAGUGAAGCCAGGAGGAGAGCCAAUGGACAUGCACUGUGUACUAGUUACUAACCCCCAGUUGACCACAUGGAAGGACCCAGCUCUGAGCAAAGUGAAUCUCUUCUGUAGAGACAGUCGAAUCCUGGACCAGUGGGUUCCCAUUAUCAACCUACCUGACUGAUGACUCUACCCAUGUUGUGCACUUUAUAUGGAAACAUUGCACACUGCACUAGAUCUGUGUAAUAACCCCUUUGUUGGACCUCUCAUGAACAACCUUGAUUCUGCCAGAGGAAGAUAGAGGACCAGGACAUCUCCCAAAAAAUAACAACAAAAUCUCCAACUCCAACAAAACUUGCUGGAUCGGUGUGGAUUUUAAUGCAGAGGUUUCAGCUGAGGAAGAGUGAUUCAGCGUUCUGGGUUCCAAGACUGCCAUGGUAACAAUAAUGACUGUAAUCACAAGGCAACGGUUGGUCAUUGGUAUGACUGUGCCCUCCUUGCCGGGAAGAAAGCCAUUGCAGGAAGCUGAAUCAUGUGAGCACACACAGCAGAACACACUAGACACAGGUGGUGGUGAGCAGAGCAGAGAACACUAGGCAGCAGGGGAUUGGAAUCUACUGGAGGAUCAGACAACUGACUCCAAGGACUGGACCGGACUCCAUUUAACCGGACAGGAUUUUACUGAACUGGACUGGAGUAGUCUGGACUACAGGUUGGAUAUUGCCUCAAGGAAAGUGGACAAAUCUCAACUGUAAUUUAUAUGAUGUUGAUCAUCUCAGAAUUUUUGUUUUGAGAAUUAUUUAAAUAAAAAAAGGGAAGAUAUUGUCAGGACAAAGCAAUGUAUUGUCUUAAACAAUUAACUUGUUGUUUUGUUUUAAUUAAUAUAUUUGCGUUAAUUUAAUUAAUUGUAUUUAUGUUGCAAUGUUCAUCAACAGCUACCUUUGUGGAGAAAUAAACUGAACUGAACUAAACAUUUAAUUGUUUUGCUUGUUUGGAAUUAAUGCAGUGAGUUAUGGGUAUAAUUCUGCAGGUUUUUGAUUAACCUGUAAGCAACAUCACUCACAGGACUAAUAAUGCCUCUCUGUCAAUCCAGUGGAAAACGGGCAUUGAACAAGGAUUCUGUUUGCACCAAGCUUGGUCAAAGAGGCUUUUCACCGAGGUCGCUAGAUAAUUCAGUGAGGUCGCUAGAUAAUUCAGCACAAUUCCAGCUGCAGCACCUUUUGUCAUUUCUCGUAGGUAGUGUUUUUUUUCUCAGCUGCAGGUGUUAACUGCAAGCCUCAGUUCAGGGGAAUGGAAUGGCAUGCAACACUUUCAAGUGAUCUUUCAUAUUCAGCUGAAUAAAGAAAGGUGCACUGUUUAACCGAGUGCAAAAAGCUA